CACGUGUCAGUACGCAUAGUUUCAUAUUUCGUUAUAUUUAUGUGUCAGUGAGCUUGCAUGUGUGGCUGAGGAGGGUUUUGUGUAGCUUUAACUUUUCAAUACAUUUUUCCAUAUGUGUGUGUGGUGUGUGUUGAUGUAUGUGCAUAUGUGAGUGUGUGUAAGCAUAGGUAUGGGAUGCUUCAGUCCACCCCGAUUCUAUCGUGUCAAUAUUUACUCAGUAUUCUGAGAUUUGAAGAAAGGGAACUUGUUUCAAUAUUUAUGGAUGUGGUCAAACACGAAAUCCUGGCAGUCUUUCCAAACCCUGUGACUGUACACACACACACACACACACACACACACAGGCACACACACACAGGCACACACUGACAGGGAAAAAAGUCAAAAAAACCUUGCUGGAUACAGUCAAGUAACAAGAGUUUAUUGAUAUUAGUGGAUAAAGUUUAUUGAUAUAACUGAUUGAAAGUAAUAAUGUUUGUUGUGAAACAAAGCUGAAACAUGGUUUGGAGAUCCUCCAGUCCUUUUGGUUCUCUGGUUCAGAUGCCAUUACCAUGUUGAUUUUUGGUUUGUUUUGAAAAGAUACGACAAAUAGACUUGUGUUGGGUUUGGAAAAACAGGGAAUACGAGGGAGAGUGCCUCGGGAGAACAACAACAACUUAUUUUGAUAGAAUGAAUAGAUUUGACUGAUUUAGAGAGAUUUAAAUGUUGUGUAAAAUGAAGACAAACAGUGGAGGGUCCAGAUUUGACAGAGAUAAAAUAUCUCACCUAACCAUGUUGAUAGUAAACAUAUUCACUGGAAGUGGUGUUAUUUGAAUGUGGUCUUGUAUAAAAAUGCCUAAUGGCAUGCAGUGUGGCUGAGAUGGAGGAAUUUGUUUGUUUUAGACUUGUUUUCAUUUACUCUAUGGGUCUGGCAGUACUAUUGUGAUGAAUAUUCUCUAAAUUGAGCUCCCUGAGGUGGCUUGGCUGUUGGCAGUGAAAGAGGACUUACAGGAACAUUUCCUUUUUCAGUAAAAAAAAAAAAAAGCAAAUAUGCUAUGUCUUUAUAUUAGAUUUCUAUUUUGCUACUGGAAAGUAAAUGGAUGAGGAGAAAAGGGAAAACAGAAAAUAUCUUUUGGGGUUAGGGUAAAUUUGCUACACUGAUUUGUCACUAAACUUAGUGGUGCUGAGUGUGACAAACCAUUGAAUUAGUGCUGAAAAUGAUAUUAAUCAUCAACAAGUUUGAUAGUUGAUGAAUCUAGGGCUGCAAAUAAGGCUUUUUUAAAUUAUUGAUUAAUAUGCUAACUAUCAAAGAAGACUAAGAAAAACAAUGAAAAAAUUCACAUUUGAGAAGCUUGAACCAGUAAAUUUUGGGGUAUUUUUCUUAAAAGUAGAAAAGUCACUAUCAAAAUUGGUAACAUUUUGAAAUGUGAUUGAUUGUUUUCGGCUAUAGAUAAAUCAUCAAUCAUUAAAAGUCAAAAAUAUCAAACAUUCACUAAUUCAAGCUUCUCAAAUGUGAGGAUUUGCUGCUUCUCUCUGUUUUACAUUAUUGUAAAUAUUUUGGGGGUUUGGUCGGACAAAACAAGACGUAUGUAAAUGUCUCAUUGGACUCUAAUUUUAAUGACUUUCUGAAAUUUUUUUAGACUAAAUGAUUAAUUGAAAAAUAAUAAUUUAAAAAAUCUUCUUGCAGUCCUACUUCGAAGGUAUAAUGUGAAUAGUAAAGGUUUUUAUUGGAACUGACCUUCUAAAACUGUAAUAUCAUGUUGAAUACACACAGCAGAUUGUCAUUUUUUAUCAGUUUAGACACAUUUCAGGCCUUUUUUCUUAACGCCCACAUCUCAACAGUCCUCUGUUGCUGUGUCACUCUAAUUGUAUGUAAACACAGCAUGAAAAAUUAGUGAAUUUCCUGGCGUUGUGAAAUAGUUCACAAAUGCUGAUGGAUGCAGGUAAGGCUCAUCCAGCUACCUGCUUAUGUUUGUGUUUGUCCUGCCUGCCAAGCAGGCGUGGUUACAUAACCUGUGUGUGUGUUUGUGAAUGUGCUGUAUAUGUUUGUGUGUUUACACGAAUAUGUGUACGUGUGUCUCUGUUGUGUCUUCUCUUAUAAGCCAAAUAGCCCAUUCCCAGAGUUGACAUGAUGUCCAGGAAUAACAUCUCAAAUCUUUCAUGUCCAUCCCAUCACCACCAUAACACACACACACACACACUGUAGAUUUUACAGCUUGUUCAGUUCAGUAGGACAUCUGUCUGGUUAGUUACUGUACAGCCUAAGCCCCAACUCCUCUUCCCCUCCCAGACUACCCCCUGAAUUGCGGCUUGUUCAGGUCGUGUGUGUGGAUGAAGGUGUGUGUGUGUGUGGAGGAGGAGGAAGGGGAGGUGUAGAGGAAUGCAGGGCUGGGUCGGGUGGAGCGGGAUGUCGAGAGGGUAAAAGAGGGGUCUCUGUUUAAUGUGUCUGUGGACUCCAUAGAGAGAUUAAAGAUGUGUAUGUGGGCGUAUUGAUGAAAGUGUGUUUUCCUACUGUGUUUACUGGGUCUACCUGCCUACCUGUCAGUGGAGAGGAGCGUAAUGGAGAAAUAGGCGGGAAGAAGAGUCAGAGUGAAAUUGGUUUCUUCUUUUGAUCUGGUUGCGAUCUGGGAAUCUUUACCUUCUAUUUGUAUGUUUUUGCUAUCUGUUCUGUGGUAAAUUUGAUCUUAAAAUAUAUUGAAGCGAAGUCAGAGGCUUUAAAAAUCUACAAAAAUGCUAAGUAGGAAGGAUGGGAGCAAAAUGACCAAACAAGUGACAAAAAAACAAACAUGUUAUGUAUAAUUAAGGAGCACUGAACUAAACUGAGCUGUACUUCAAGAAUCAAGGAAUUGGCUUGUAUACUUCAGGUUAUACAGAAAUGCAUGCUUAUGCAGAAAUUGCACACACACAUCCCAACGUGCAGAGCAGCAGGAACACUGUAGGCUGUGUACGGUGGCUCUCUUUCACUUCCGCACCAUAAAUGUGUGUUUGCCAUAUGAGGGAACACGGGGAGAAAAGAGGAAUUCAUGUUGGUGUUUAUUUGAGCUUUGGCCAAAUCCAACCUGGGGCGGCUGCGUUGGCACACACUCUGCACCAAACCCCAGCCGCUCCUGUACCCCCAGCCAGACACACAUACUGUACGCACUCAGGUACUCUCUCUCUCUCUCUCUCACACACACACACACAUAUACCUGUCCAUCCUAGCUAUAUCAAGGUGUGUUUGUCUUUCUCUGCCCACCAUUUUAGGUCCUCCCAGAGCAGGUAUUUCCCUCUCUUCCCCACAGACGCACACACAUUUACACACACACAUGCUGCAGCUGAGGGGGGCUGUCUGUGGGCUGAGUGUGUGAAGCACUUGCAUUGAUAACCUGCAGCUCAGAGUCACUCAGUCUCACUCUGUGGCCGUCCCCCUCGCCUGGAACUCCCUUCGCCCUGCUCUGUCUCCUUUCUGGCUGCUCACUCUAGGACCGUCUGUGGACGCACUCAGACCCCCGCGUUUACUCGUCACCCUUCUGUUGCUGUCACCAUGACGCCCACCCCACCGCUGUUCCUGCUGCUGCUCUGCCUCAUAGGAGCUCAAGCCACUGCCACCGUGGACCUCCGCACGGCUGCCGCCAUGGCGGCAGGUUUGUGCAAAACUCGUCCCACAGACAUUGUGUUCAUCAUCGACAGUAGUCGGAGUGUUCGCCCUUCAGAGUUUGAGCAGGUCAAGGUCUUCCUGGCCAAGGUCAUCGAGGGGCUGGAUGUUGGACCCAACGCCACCCGUGUGGGAGUUGUCAACUACGCUAGUCGCGUCAAGAAUGAGGUGUCUCUGAAGACACACCGCACCAAAGCCGGACUGAUUAAGGCUGUGACUAAGAUCGAGCCCCUUUCCACUGGAACAAUGACCGGUCUGGCCAUCCAGUUUGCCCUGAAUGUGGCCUUCAGUGAGGGCGAGGGCGCUCGUGUCAAAUCUCCUGAUAUCAGCAAGGUUGCCAUUAUUGUGACCGAUGGGCGUCCCCAGGACAACGUGAAGGAUGUGGCUCAGCGUGCACGGGAUGCUGGUAUUGAGAUUUUUGCCAUCGGUGUGGGACGUGUGGACAUGAGCACCCUGAAGCAGAUGGCCAGUGAACCUCUGGAUGACCAUGUGGACUACGUGGAGAGCUACAGCGUCAUCGAGAAGCUCACCAAGAAGUUCCAGGAGGCCUUCUGUGUGUCGGACCUGUGUGCCACUGGGGAUCAUGACUGUGAGCAGGUAUGCAUCAGCAGCCCCGGAUCAUACAAGUGUGCCUGCAAAGAUGGCUUUACCCUCAUGGACGAUGGUCGCAGCUGCAGUGCUUGCAGCAACUCUGCGACAGAUGUGGUGUUCCUGAUCGAUGGCUCUAAGAGCGUCCGUCCUGAGAACUUUGAGCUGGUCAAGAAGUGGAUCAACCAGAUCGUCGACAAACUGGAUGUUUCUGACAGCAAGGCUCACGUUGGACUGGUACAGUACUCCAGCUCAGUCAGACAGGAGUUCCCCCUGGGACGCUUCAACAACAAGAAAGACCUGAAGGAUGCUGUGAAGAAGAUGGCCUACAUGGAGAGGGGAACCAUGACAGGCCAGGCUCUCCGCUAUCUGACAGACAGCAGCUUCACUCCUGGUCAGGGCGCCCGGCCUGGAGUCACCAAGGUAGGCAUCGUCUUCACCGAUGGACGCAGCCAGGACUACAUCGGAGAUGCUGCCAAGAAGGCCAAGGAGCACGGUUUCAAGAUGUACGCUGUUGGAGUGGGUAAUGCGGUGGAGGAUGAGCUGAAAGAGAUUGCCUCUGAGCCGACUGGAGAGCACUACUUCUACACUGCUGACUUCAAGACUAUGAACCAGAUCGCCAAGAAGCUGCAGAUUAACAUCUGUCAAGAGGAGGACCCUUGCGAAUGUGACUCCCUCGUAAAGUUCCAAAAGAAAGUAGAAGAUGCCCUACAGGCACUAACAAAAAAAUUAGAGAGUAUGUCGAAGAGGAUCGCCUUGCUGGAGAACAAAAUCGUCUGAGGACUCACAUCCAACUUUUCCCUAUACAUCUGCACACACCCACAUACACACACACACAAACAAGUUUUACUUCCUGUAAAAUACUGAAGAGGAACCGGUGUGUGUGAGUGAGUGAACCCUGACCUCCGCUUGUAACCUGAGCUUUCCCAGACCACCUCUGCCCCCUCCUCUCAGUCUUAUCUCUUCCACCCUUGGGUCUCCUGGGACACGAAGCGCCGGUUGCCAUGGGGACCACGCCUUUGUGUGUGUGCGCGCUCCGAAGGUCAUCCUCCAUAGCCAGCCUGUGUGUUUUUUUAAUAAAAGUCUUCCCUCAUAGGGAAACGGUA